AUGAGGUACUGCUCUCACCCUGAGGAACUGGUGGCAGCCAGGAAACCUGAGUCCUUAGAAACUCCACAGCCAGCUGCAGAAAAUCAGAAGACAUGUGGGCAAAGCAGCUGCACAAGCAGCACCAAGAGCCCCCAGCAGUCCUUAGAACAGAGAGCCACCUUGGAAGAAACACCAGUGUCGGAGUUUCAUAAGGGGCCACUCCCGGAAGACAGAGCAGAGCAAGGACAGCUCAAUAUGAAGGAUGUCUCUUCAGAAGGAAGCUGUCAUCAACAGGAGAUAGAGACAGCUAAGACAGAAGAAGGAUCAUGCCUAAGAGAUGUGACUGAGGAGGACGCGGCAAAUGCCCUUCUAGAACCUCUGUGGCCAGAGAUACAGCAGGAACUGAAAAUUAUUGAACCUGAAGAGGAGCUCUUGCUCUUGCCAGCAGCUGCCCCCAAGACAAGCCGAACUUCUGAAUCUUCUUCUUCAGUACAAACAGACCAUCUUUCCUCUGGUCCAGGGCAGAGUCCAACACUAGCUGAGCAGACACCUUCAAGCAGAGCAUCACAAGUAACUCAGGUGCCCUUAUUUGGUGCCAGCAGCAUGGAGCGACAAGACAGCCCUCACGACUGCCAGUCUGAUGCAGUUGCACAGCAGAGCUGUGGCUCAUCCCUACCUGAACUGAGCACUCUUCCAACUGGUACAGUCACUCCAAAGAACCACCACCCAAUGGUGGACAGCAGGAGUGAAUGUCUUGCUCCUAGCCUGGACCAGAAGAUUCAUAGUCAAUCGGAAUUUAAUAAGAUUGCCCCAAAUGAUGGAUUUUCUUGUUCCAAAGGAGCACGUCCAGAGUCAGGGAGAGAAAAAGAUAGCACUUGCCAGCAGCAGAGGGAAAAGGAUGGUCUUACCAGAGUCCAGACCCAGAGGGAGAAGCAAGAGAUAAUGACUACUGAUGAAAGGGACACAUUCUCCUCCAAGGCACUGAGUGGAGAUGGAAUCCCAGAGGUGAAGGAGGGCCAUGCUGUUAGCAGAACCCAGGAUGCUGGUGACCAGGAUGAUGAGGACGCCUGGACAGAUAAUGUGCAGAGCUUAGAACUUGUGGAGCCAUGGGAGGAUCACCAGUGGGUUACAAGCCCUCUCCAUUCCCCCACCUCUAAGGACAUUCAGGAGAAGAUGAUACAGGAGUUUCAUCCACAGAGCCAGAGAGCAGAGACAGGCCUUAGACCACGAUUCAGUCGCAGCCUCUCCCUGGACAGUAAAGACACAGUGAUGAGUUUAUGGACUAUCCCAUUCUCUUUCAUAGAUGCCACUGACCAGCAGCAACCACACAGUGACAUUCUGUCAGUGACUUGUGAGCUGUCCAAAACAAAACCCAUCUCUCCUUCUAGUUUGGGCAAAGCAACACAAGAUGAGAAUGGCCCAAGUCCUCCAGAAGAAUCUCCAAAACCUGAGAAGCUGAAGUAUGCCCUCAGCAGGGAGGAAGUACCAGCUGAGAAAGCAGGACCCUACAGAAUACCUCUUUCAGAGCCAGAGGAAAAGAAAGUGGAUGUGAGCAAAGAAAACCCUUGGACCUCAAAGCCUGAGCUGUUUUUGCCCUACCAAAAGAGCCCAGACAGUUCUUCACAGACAAAGAACACAAAGGAGGAGUUAUCCAUCUCUCAGGACACUGCCCUGGGAGGAGAGACUGUCACCAAAGCAUUGUGCUCUGCCCUUGAGUCACAGCUGAGUAAUAAAGGUGAAGAAACACCUCGCAAAGUAAAGACUAGGCCUUCCUCCCUCAACUUGGAUUCGCUCCUCCCAGCCCCAGAUUUCUUCACAUUCGAGAACCUGUCCGUGCCAUCUCUCCCUGGGAAUCUCCUAUAUGGGCAGAAGGAAGUAAAAAGCAGUGAUUCUGUCCCAUCCCUGCCAACACACUGCCCUGCUGCCAGUAAAGGUGUUCCUUGGGGGUCUAGUUUCAAUUCCCCUGUGGAUCUAGACUUGGAUUACCUGGCAGUGGCCCAUGCCAGCACUGGCCGUCGUAACUCUGCCCCCGUCAGUGUGUCGGCAGUCAGGACCUCCUUCAUGAUUAAGAUGUGCCAGGCUAGAGCUGUGCCUGUGAUACCGCCCAAGAUUCAGUACACCCAGAUCCCCCAGCCCCUGCAGGCUCAGAAUGCUGUUCCACCUGCUGAGAAGAAGGAGGCAGAAGCCAAGCAGACCAUCAGGCAAACGCCACGGGUGGCUUGGAGUCACUUGGAGGCCCCCAAGAGCCCUCUGACAGAGAAGAAAGCCAAAGCAGAGAAAGAAAACAGUGACCCAGCUCAGAAGGACUCAGCCUGUCCCUGGCAUGGCAGCCUUGGCCCUCCACUGGAGCCAUCUCAGUCCAGUCAUAACCCGUCUCUGGAUGCCCCCGUUCUGCGCCGAAAGCGCACCUCUGGAGGGGAGACAGCUGGAGAUAACCCACAGUCUUCAAAGAUAGAGAGGCCAUCAGGGUUCUCCAAGCCUUCCUAUAGAUCUAGGCCCGGGAGGCCCCAAAGUCUGAUUCUCUUCAGUCCCCCUUUCCCCAUUAUGGACCACCCCACCACUUCAGCAGACUCCAGGGUAUUGUUAUCACCCAUAAGGAGCCCCACUCAGACCACCUCUUUGAGCCCCAUUUGUGGUGAUCUGUCUGAGACUUCGCGGACGACACCUGAGGGGGUGACACUGCGGAACAAAAUGACCAUCCCCAAGAAUGGCCAGAGACUGGAGACAUCUACCAGCUGCUUUUACCAGCCCCAGAGGCGCUCCGUGAUUCUGGAUGGACGAAGUGGGAGGCAGAUUGAAUAGCAGCUGCUUCUCCUAUUCCUUUUCUGUGGUGGUUGGGAUGGGAGUGUCCAAGACCAAUUCUGUUGCCAUUUUGCUGUUGUUAUUUUGUGCAAGAUGGACUUGAAUCCUCAAUGGUUUCCUGCAAAGCUUUUUGCUAUGGAAGGUCAUAGUCUCUUUGUCUUGCUUUUCCUUCCCUAUCUCACCUCUGCUUAGUCCCUCACUGCCUGCUUUUUUUUUUUUUUUGUAAGCCAGUCCCAGGGAACUUGCAUUUUCUCGUGCUUAUUGUCUAACAAGCCCUGUGAAAGUCUCAUCCUCCCUAUGGAAGAAAAGGAAAAAUAAAUCUCUGUAUAAUUAGAAAACAGGGCUUGAAAGAAACCCUGUUACAAAACACUGCAGCCCAGGGUGCUGAGGAGGUAGAUCCAGAUGUUUAGGAACUCUUCCCAUUGUUUCCCAGACACUAGUGAAGGACUGUUUGAUUUAGACAGUGUAAAUAAACAGUGCAAGAGGCUGGGGAUAGCUGAAGGGGAAAGUGAAGCUGGCAUGAGCAGGUCACAGUCACACAGGGUGUGAGACACUCAAGGAUGUUCCAAUGACAAACAUACAACCUGAACACUGCCCCCAGCUCUAUCCUUGCAUCAAAGAUGUGCUCUUUCCAGCAUGUGCAAGCGCUGGAAUGAAAGCAGCUGUACAGGAAACGCCUAGUUGUUCUUUUAAUCUUCCAAGUCUUGCUCAUGAGUUUUGUGUGCUCAGCCACACCUUCCUCGGGUAGACAAGAUCCAUGUGGCUGAGGAAUGAGUGUGCAGCUGGCUGCCCAGUGUAGAGACUUCUCAGGCUGGUAUCAAUGACAGCCAAGAUGUGGUCAUAACAAAGUCCAGUAUCAACUAUUUUCAUCAUUGCUUAAAGCCAGGUGACACCUCUGCAGCUAUCUCUGGUUGAGCUCCACACUGCCAACAGGAGAGAAAAGAAAGAGGAUCUCCUGAUCUGCAUGUUCUUGGGCUAUUGCCCUCUUGUACCCUGACUGACAUAUCUUUGACCGUUGGUCUUUCAUUGCCACUGUGUGGCAUGUCCCCAGGUGCUUCUUAUUCCUUGAAACUUCCACUCCUUGUGAUUUUACACUAUUCCUUUGAGAGUAUGGCUGGUUGUCACCUCCCCGGACCUCAGCGCUUUCAGACUGAUUAAAAGUGUGGUAAAGAGGAUGAUUUGUGGGACUGCAGAACAGAUCAUGAACAAGUCCUGAGAGGGAGAUUUGAAGUGAAUUAAAGUCUCUCCUGAAGGGAACAUUAAUGUUACAGGAAAAUACAGGUUCAGAUAUGGAACAGCUGCUGUGGGAAUAGAAUUAAAGCUUCCUUUAUAAAGCCUCUAACUCUACAUUCUCCACAGGCUCGUCUAUUGACUGCUUGGUGACCGUGGGUGAUUGCAAGGUCAGGCACAGCCUAGGCUGUCUCUGCAAUUUAAGUGUCACUAGUGACUACGGAGGAGACAGGUACACAGGUGUUGCUGCCAGCACUGAGAUUGUCCCUGUAAUGGCACUUACAGGGGCCAUCACUCCUGGAGAUGUCUGAGUCUGUAGGCCCUCUGUUGGGUAUCAUGGGCUAUAGUUUAAGCAUCUGUUCAGAGCAUCUGUUCUGAAGUGCUAUAGCCACCAAAAUGAGGGUCAGCCAGAAUUUCCCAAAGGACGUAUGUUUAGGGCUUUUUUUCUGAAGUACUAGCAGUUCCAAAUGGUUAGUAAACUCAACCCAUGAGCUCCUAGUCUGACUGUCACUUUAUUAGUGUUAUUGUGGUUGGAGGGCCCUGAGCCUGUAUGAUGCUUUCUCUCCACUCUUUGAUUGCUAAUGGGAAGAGGUACCAGAGUAGUUUUUAGAAGUUUUGGGUCCACAAAUGCAAGCAAUAUAUUUUCAGCAGAAUUUUCUCCUGCCAUAUGCAAAGGGAGUGUGAAAAAACAAGAGGGCUUUUCCCUGUCACCAGUUGCAGUCUUUGAUCCUCCCCACUGUACUCCUCAUGUGUGCAUAAUGCCAUAUAAGAGGCAACAGAGCAGAGAACUAAAUCCAUGCUGUCGGUUUUGUUAAAGGAGAAUAGUAAACCAGACGAGAGCCUGGAGUUUUUGUUUGGGUCCAUUUUCUCUCACAGAUGUCAGCCUAUGCUUUAGCUGGGCAAGCUGUGGACACAGGCCCAGAAUAUGCAGCUUCAUGACAAUCGUAUAAUUCUACUCCCAGACCAUAAGAUGCCUGUGCAGCCUCUUAUAAAAACCAGGGAGUUGCCAGUCCUCCAUGCUCCUCAUAGUUAGCACAGCUCUAGGCUGCAUUAACAUGGCACCCAAAUGCCUUUUUUAUUGCCUCAUGAGAAAGCUUUUAAUCACCAUGGCUGGGUUAAUGGCAAAUGAUUCAGGAAAGUGAGAUAUGAGGUACUGUAAGAGUUUAGAAGAAGGCAAAGUUGUGGAAAUGAUGCCCAGGGUUUUUUUUGCAUCAACAAAAUAGUUUACUUUGGACAAGGAUUUAUUCUCUGAGUUCCUAGAAGUUUUGACAGCCAAGGCACCUGGAAGAGAGCUAAAGAAGCUCACAAAAUAAUGUACCAGAAGAAAAAAGAAAAUGUGAUGAAACCUUGGCAUGCUGAAACCACUUUUUUUUCCCCCUCCUUAUUCUCAUAUAAGUUGAUGUAUGAACAAGAAAUGAGGUCUGGCAAUUUGUAUAUAAUACACUGUCUCAGCUCUUAACAGCAUUCCGGUAAGUAAUAGUGCUUUUGGCAUAAGUGUUGAAACUCCUGCAAGGAAAAAUUAUUAGAAAUCUUUACUUAAUAUUAAAGAUCAACCUCAACUAAAAUCUGUAUCCAGACCAUACUUUUUAAGGAUGUUUCAGAAUUUGAACUCAGAUCCGGGUCCUGGAUUUUAAUUAAGCAGAGAUGCUGUAAUGAUAUGUCUUAUCUACAAUUUCAUCUCCAGCCUUCAGCUGAUGUUCCAAGAGCGCUUAGAUAAAGCCUCAGGUCCUGCAGAGCUGAAAGUACAUGCUUAGUUGCAAGGUGCACCGUUGGACAGGUGUCAUGAUUCUCACCUUCAGACUCAGCCUUCUGCGGAGUCUGUAAUGCUUGAUGAUGGAUCCAUGUUGAUACUGGUAGUUGCAGUCAGCUUGAAGGACCAGAGUUUGAUAGUUGGCCAGAACCAGAAGACAGAUGCCAUCUCCCACUGAAUGGUGCUGACUGUGUGGCAGGAGCUUCCUGAGAUCCAACUUCAUUAAGCUAUCCCUGAUAUCAGUUUUAGGGUCAGUCCUGAUCUCUCUAAGAAAGGAUUUAUGGGUUUUUCUCCUCGUUUUGGGAUUUGUGUUUAUUUGUUUGUUUGUUUGGAGUUCUGUUUGUUUUUUAAUUGUUUAUCUGUGAAGCAUUAUGAAGAGGGAUAGAUUAGAUUUAUGGGAGAAGAGUCUGGCCCAGAAUUUGAAUUUUUUGUACUAGAGAGCUACACUGGUUGUUCUUGGUAUUGAAAAGACUAAAUAGACUGGCUCAUCCUCUGCAGCUUCACAAAGAUCAUUUUAGGGACCCAGCAGUACAUUUCAAUUCUCCUGAGACUGUGAACAGUGUAAAGGUUAUUCCCAAGUUUGCAGAUGGCCCCAGUAUCAGACAUGACACAUCACCAGCAUAUGUUGCUUGUGGACUUUUACCAAUGGAAGACAAGUGAGUAAAUUGCACUUAUUCUUCCCAUGUAGUCGGGGGUUUGUGCAGCUUCUGUUAAAUGUAGCUCAGAGUGAAAUGGCUGAGCUGGCAAAGAUGAGAAUCCCCUGACAGAAAGGAGGGACACGGUUAAUGUUAGCUCGUGUGGGAGCUGCCUUAUUUGCAGGAGAGUAAACAGAAAGGAAGACUGUGUUUUACCUUAUAAAUCCCAGUCCUCUGGGAUGUCCUUCUCAUGGUAUGACUGCAGAAAGACCGAAGUACUUAUUUUUUCACCUUUAGAGCUUCAGAGGAACUUAGAUCUGUAUUAGAGAGCAUCCAUAAAGCCUGCAACAUUUUCCCUCAUCCAGAGUCCAAAUGGUGCAAUAAAAAUCUUUUUUCUUUCUUUAUUGAUUCUGAAAUGCCUGUCGUGGUGAACACUUUUUAAAUUUAUAUAUAUAUAUAUAAGAUCAUUCUAUAUAAAUAUAUUAAAAAUGAAAUGUAAUUAAAAUGAAGGAAUUGCCUAAAUAGUAUUUUACACAUCUGUGAAACUUGGGCUGAUGCAUGGAACUGUUUUCUGCUGCAACUUUUGCAGCACUGAGAGUGUGAGAUCAAAUGUGGGCUUUUUGCCCACAAAGUAGCUAAUUAGUUCUGGCUAAUCUGUGGUGGGCAGAAGGCCUGAAUACGCCUUCCUGAGCAGGAUCUUGUCCAGGGAGAGGAGGAAUAAGAUCAGGGGAGACCAGAGUGCAAGGACUGAUUUAACUUUCCACCAUAAUCUUCUCCCAAGUCCUUGAAAAUGCAAACAGUCUACUGAAGCAUAUAUUAUCUUUCAAGCAUGCCCAGGUUUUGCAGCUGGCCCUUUUGCUUGUCUCCACCUCUAGAAAAAAUGAAUAAAAACCUCUAACGGUGGGGGGAGAAGCUGUAGCUGAUCCCUAUUUGUUUUAGCCUUUGCUUGCUCUCAAUUGAUGAAAAGGCUUGGUGAUAACUAGUUCUGCUCCAAGCAAGGAAUGGAAAGCUUGCUACUGAGUUUGACUGGAGAUGGAGUAGGACUGUAACAGCCCCAGAAAGGAAGGAUGGCAAGAGGUAAGAGCUUUCUGAGGGCUCUGUGCAGCAGUCCAGACCUUAGAUCUUGUGUUUGUAGGCACUGGUCCCCUUUGAAAUAUUAUUUGCUGCCAGGUCAAAGGAAGGGCUGGAAGUCAGACACUGUGAAAGGGACUGUCCCAAUCCCACUAACUCUGGUUUGUGAUUAUUUUUCCUGCUAGCUCUGAUGAAUUGCAUUUUUGUUAAGCUUUUUUCCUCUGUGUGGACUUGCCUGCCCCCGUGCCUAAUUUUUUUUUUUUUUUUUUUU